GGCAACAAUGACGCGUCGUGUUCGUUGACGAUGUAGAGGUUUGGGAUUUUAGAGCCUUGCGGGAAAUGCACUUACAUCAGAGGGAGUGCCAAUACGGCCACUGAUCUCUUGCAGUGGCAUUGAUAUGUCUUAGUUCUGAGUACAGGAAUGGAUAUCCGACACGGUGGCUGUUGGAUCGAUACACAGAAGCCAAAGGAUGCAUCCUUUGACUGGCCCCUUUUCAUGCUUCUUCGUGUCUAGUCUACCAACCUUGUGCUACGAUACUCAUGUGUUCGAUUUUCUCGCUAUACAUGUAUCAGUCGGUCAGGUUAAAGCAUCCCGAAACACAACUGAUACUUCAAUUCUGGAAACUUGGGUUGCAGUUCGGGCGAUUCGACGUAGGGGUCUGUAUUUCAAGGCUGCAAUCAACAAGCUCAGGUUGUGGCGACAGCGGUUAUUAUCCAUGAAGUUUUUCGGCAUGGGCAGCGGGAGAUCAGGAGACGGCAGUUCGUUUUUCGGUUCAGGACACGACGAUGACGACGACGAUGACGAGGCCCUGCAACAGUUAAGAAAACAUCUGGCUGUCCUCGCGCUUUGGGUGGCAGCUAUUCGAUCCGCACCCUACUUCCUUAGCAUGUGGGAAAGCCAUGGGUAACCUGUUGAGAGAUAUAGAAAGCGAGAGAGAGACAGCAUCAGUUCUCACAAUCGAGGCGAUCCUAUGGUGCGAUGCUGGCCUUCUGAAGUGCAGUGUGGCUGUGAGGGUGGGGUGCUAUGUGAGACUUCAAGACAGUGAAUGUGUGAAUUCCUCAACAUUUAUCGUCCGUACCCACCUUCGGAGACAUCCCGAGAAAACACCAAACUGAUCCCUUGCUGUUCAGACUUGCACACACCCACAUUUUACAUCUCUUUUGCAUGUCUUGAUCUCAAGCCUUCGGUGCCAUUUCUGCUGGCAUCCGAGGUUUUGUUCGGAUGCUCCUCUGUCGCCCUGGGUUUUAGCUGCAGAUGAUGCGGUGGAAUUGCUGCUUCAAAACCUGAAGGAAAUGAUUAAGUCGAUGUUUGACAAACACAGACAAUAAUUGCAAUUUCUUUUUUAAAAAAAUUCAAAAAAAGGGCAUGUGAUUUGUGUAUUCAAUGACUGGUAAUUUGUUAAAAACAACAUAAGAGUGUGUGUGCCAGGACAGCCAAAUGUAUGUAUGUAUAUAUAUAUACAAAGUAUAACAAAUGAUACCACAAAUUCUUGCUAUAGCCACCACAAUUUUCUAUCAAACACAUGCUGCUUUUGUUUAAUGUCUAUUAAAUGAA